AUGGUUACCACCGGAAACACUUCCGAUAACCCAAUUAUCGAAGCAAGCCCAAUACCAAGAAUGCAAGAUUUGCAAGUGCAAGUAGAGACACCCCAGAUGACUACUAUCGUUAAAAAAUGCACCGCAGUAGGUAAUUCGAGGGAUCGUGAAGAUGAAAACAAGGAAAUGGAGGAGUUUGAGGCCUUUAAUAAGUACAAAGAAAUGAAGAAACAAUGUGAAGAGAAGGAAAACCAGAAGAGGAAAAGAAGUGAGAAGGAUUGUAAUCACAUAUAUGUUCACUCAGAUCAAACCAGCGGUUCUAGUGACAGAUACAAUAAGGGAAAAGAUGAAGAUACAAGAAGGGGUGAUGAACGAGGGAAGAAAGUAUUGUUGAGGGCAGAACAUGCAAAGGAAUACCAUAAAGUGUUCGGAAGACUGAAUUUUAGGUCCCCGUUUACUGACGAAAUAAACAAUACCCAAUCCCGUUUGGCUUAA